CGAUGAGGUUUUUGUAGAAGGCGCCGCCGCGGGGCCAAAUUCGCAUAGAAAUAUACCAGACUUCUUCUUGCAAUGGAACCUCCACCACCGACGAUGGCAAUUGUGGCUGUGUCGCAACGAAAUGACGACAAUUCUACCGCCGCCUGGGUGUGUUCCACCCGUCGCCUGCUUCUCGAGCCCAACACUGCUAUGGACACAUGGGUCAACCUCGAGCGCUUCAUUGCCGAGUACCAGCACCGUCCAUUGUCCGAACGCCUUCGAGAUCGUCAACGCCUUCUUGUGCAGCGGUUGGCGUACUCGAGUACGGCUCGCAAGUUAUUCGGCAAACAGCAGCCGACAACUAGCACGUCCCCCCGGCUCGUCCAAUUCGAAAAGACCCACGCCGCCCUCGUCGACGAGCUCCAGGCGCUGAUCGGCCAUGCCAGGACCACAGCCGCAACGUUCGCGCAGAUGGGCCAUCUGUGGUCGGCACUCGUUGAAGCAGACGCAUGCGCCUUGGUUGAACAGGCACAUGUGAAGUUUUUAGCCGCCGGUACCAAGUUGGCUACGCUGUGCAUGACGUGCGGGACGGAGAUCUUGGCCAUGAUUGUGCAACCCCUGGAGGCCAAAUGCGAAAAACUCAAGCAGUUGCAUGGACUGCUACGAAUCGAACAUGACAUGCAAUUGUUGGUGCUCGCCGCGACGCGCAAACUGGAACGAGCCCACGCGACUGGGAGUAAAAAUGUGUUUCACCGACAGAAUGAGCUCACUGCAGCCAAAGGGUAUGCCACCCGGGUCGCAACCGAUCUCCAUGUCAUCCUGGAUUGGGUGGACACAAUGCGCAGGCAGCUCGUGCGGCUAGAAAUGAACUCUUUGGCAUCCUUGUUGGCGCGACAUGCGAUGACCGCUGCUGACACGCUACUGAGUCCCGUUGACCAAACUGUAGUGACAAGAAGCAGCAACCGCAGCGUCGACUAACAUGCUGACUCAGCGCGUCUUAUCAUUCAGCGUCAAUGAAAAAUGGAGCGAAUCUAUAGUCUAACGUUAACCCCCUUUUGCAUUCUAG